UGGAGAGGCGGACGUAUAAUAUCGGCGGAACUCAACAAAAGGAUAUGACGUCACAAUCUUUCCAAGGUCGUCAAGGUCAACAUAAUGGCCGGCAAAGUGUUACGGUCGCUCUUCCGUACUAAGCCAUCCACUAGUAUAUUUCAAAGCACCCCUGGGUUGAAACAUUUUUCCAGCCAGGUUCAAACUGUCACACUCAUCCCAGGAGAUGGCAUUGGACCAGAAAUCUCUGAUUCUGUCAAGCAAAUCUUUGCUGCAUCAGGGGCCCCAGUGGAUUGGGAGGAGGUCGAUGUUACUCCAGUCAAGGGACCUGAUGGCAAGUUCCACCUUCCCCAAAAGAUCUUUGAGUCAAUGGGCAAAACGAAGGUUGGACUGAAGGGACCACUUGCUACACCCAUUGGAAAGGGACACCAGUCACUUAACUUGGCACUUAGAAAAGCUUUCAGCCUGUAUGCUAAUGUGAGACCAUGUCGCUCUAUUGAGGGGUUCAAGACACCGUAUGAUGAUGUCGACAUUGUGACCAUCAGAGAAAACACUGAGGGAGAGUACAGUGGCAUUGAACAUGUUAUUGUUGAUGGAGUUGUACAGAGCAUCAAACUUAUCACAGAACAAGCGUCCAUGAGGGUGGCCGAGUAUGCCUUCAAGUUUGCCCGUGACAAUGAUCGAAGCACAGUCACAGCAGUGCACAAAGCCAACAUCAUGAGAAUGUCAGAUGGUUUGUUUUUUGAAAUGUGUCGAGAGGUAGCAGAGAAAAAUAGAGAUAUCAAGUUUUCUGAAAUGUACUUGGAUACAGUUUGCCUUAAUAUGGUCCAGGAUCCAACACAGUUUGAUGUCCUGGUUAUGCCAAAUUUGUAUGGUGAUAUUUUGAGUGACUUGUGUGCAGGCCUUAUCGGUGGCCUUGGAGUCACACCAAGUGGAAAUAUUGGAUCAGAGGGAGCUAUUUUUGAAUCUGUUCACGGCACAGCUCCAGACAUUGCAGGGGAGGACAAGGCCAACCCCACAGCCCUGCUGCUCAGUGCAGUGAUGAUGUUGCGACACAUGGACCUUGGAGAACAUGCUCGUAGGAUAGAGAAGGCCGCCCUUGAGGUCAUCAGUGAAGGAAGGGUGCUGACAGGAGAUUUAGGUGGAAAUGCCACGUGCUCUGACUUCACAAAAGAAAUCUGUCGCAGGGUGGAGAGCUCAACAUAAGACCAGGCUGUGGAAGCUUAUGUACAGCACAAAUUACAAUCUCAAUUUUUCCCUUGUUUAACUUUUCUUUGUUAUUUAUUAUAUAUUUUUUUUUAUUUUUAUGCAAAGUGGAAGUUACAGAUGUGUAUGGUUCAAAUCUUGUAAUGUCAUCGACACCUGUGAACGUUUCCUGUGUGGCAUUUGCUAAUGGUGUAAUCUGUCUGGUAGGAAUUGAAAUCCUUCACAGAUGUCAGGUGUCCAUGAAUGUUAAUGUUAGAGAUGAAAAUUCAAAAUUCAUAACUUUAUGAGUGUUAUUUAAUACACAGUAUGUUUGCAAUUUGAACAUUAUAUGUUUAUAUAUUUGGGGCAUUUUUUUGCAAUAGACACCUUGUUAUUGUAGCAAUGUUGAAUGAGUGUGCAUUGAAAUAAAUAUACUUAUAUCAUAUUUGUGAAGGUUUAUUUCAAAUGGUAUUUCCCUCUUGACCUCCAUCAGCUGCAGGAUAACAGGCUGAUAGAGGUUGGGAAAAUGCUUCUUGUCUUCAUAAGAACACAUUUUGUAACGAAAA